AUGUCUCCAGGAAUGACCCUUUUCUCGGUCCAAGCCGUCCUCAUUCUCGGCACAGAGGACGGUGCCAGAAUUCUGGCCAAAUACUAUUCUUCCCCGCACAGCACCACCGGCAGUGAGUUCCCUUCCUGGCCAAGGGGUCGAUGCUAUCAAGCCAGGCCAAAACCAUAUAAACUGACAACCCCCCGCCCUCAUGCAGACACUGCAACCUCCAGCAACCCAUACCCUGACCUGAAAGCCCAAAAGGCCUUCGAGAAGGGCCUCAUCGAGAAGACGGCCAAGCAGACGGGCGACAUCAUCCUCUACGAUAACAGAAUCGUCUUGUACAAGCUCGAGUCCGACAUUAUGAUCUACGUGGUGGGCAGCCUGGAAGAGAACGAAAUUCUGCUGUACAACACUGUUCUCGCUAUCCGCGACUCACUACACCUGGUCUUCAAACAAUCCGUGGACAAGCGCACCAUCAUCGAAAACUACGACCUCGUCUCCCUUGCCAUUGACGAAAUCGUCGACGACGGCAUCAUCCUCGAAACAGACCCCACCAUUAUUGUCCAGCGUGUCAGCAGAGCCCCGGCGCAAGACGUGCCCAUCGGCCGCAUCGACCUCAGCGAACAGGGUGUCAAUAAUCUAGCGCAAUUGGGCAAGUCAAAGCUGGCAGAUUGGUUACGGCAAGGCCUGUAA